AUGAUAGCUGUAGCUACCCUUGCCUUUGCGCAGAGGGACGGUCGUCAGCGACCGAUCCACGAAACGGAGAGACUGGAACUUGGGUCUACUAUUGUACAGCUGGAACAAGCGCGUAGAAUCAAACCACAUGAAUCUACGGUACACACAGUCUCCGAACAGCCUCGUGGCAUGCCUUCCUCGUCUGGGGAGGAUCCAUUGGGAUCUCAAAGUACGCAUUUAAUGGAGGCAUCCCCGCCCAGCUCAAAACAGAACACCGACCCAGGCUUAGUUUCCAGCGUGAGAAAACAUGGAGUCCCUUCGAUCAGUAGCGGUGUUAGUCUGGUACUGUCUUCUUUGAAACUUCCUAGUAACGGGCGAUUGCGAGAUCAAAAUAUUCUUAACAGGUCGAGCCCGGCUGCCGAAGUAGAGGCAGGUACCCUGCCCAAGUCACUCCCAGAUGCGCGAUCCAUCACACGUCCUAGUUGGGAUCUACUCCAUGAGCAAAAUCCUUCGGAGCAGCAAUUUCUUCAAAAGUCUGUGGCCUCAACGCCAGUUUCCAGGUCGGCUGGAACCACCCAACUUUCUAAGAAUCGGCCACAGGAGAAAACCGCGUCAAAGAAUCUUACCCUCACAUCUUCCACCUCAAGUAACAGCGAGAAAACAAACCACUAUCAGGGAUGGUCUACAGACUAUUUGCAAGGGCUUGCGGCUGGAUACGGAGAUUCUGUUACUUUGACUAAGAUGAAGCUCCCAGAACAGCCCCUCCAGAAACUGGUCAAGACAUACUAUGAGGAGGGUAACGAUCCACACAUUGGGACGCUCGAGCUCACGAAAGAGCAACAGGCCAUCAUCAAACAAAGCUGGUUGGAGCACUCCCAGGCUGAGCUAGUGUAUGUACACGUGCAACGCAACAUCACCAUCUCCAGCGUAUUUGGCAUACUAAGCAUUGAGAUGCUGAAGUGGAUCAUCAAUAUUAAAGAAUCUCCUCAAUCGCCUAUUGGGAUUGCAAUAGGAAGCAUGCCGCACAUUCCACGCCCUCCUACCUCUAUCCGUCGUACGAGCGCCAUGAAGACCCUAUUCAUGAAACUUGUAGGUGGAAGACAAAAGAGUGCUGGAAUCUACUUAUCACCACCGGACAAUGGUGAAACUCGAGUAUACCCAGAAAUUCCUGGCGAUUCUCUCCGCAAACCUUCACUUGAAGGUACCUACAAGCUUUAUAGAUUGAGUGAAUCAACUCAAAACAGCAUUCUUGUACCUAGCAUCAAUACUGUGCCUAUAAGCGCAGAGGAAAACCACAGCGAAUCUUCACUGAACCUAAUUGUGCCUUAUGAAAUGAUGGAAUUACCAAUUUCUGCAUACAAGGGAAGGAUAAUUCCUCCUAACCUACCACAUCCUGAAGAGAAUGGCGAAGACAUCGUGAAGGAACUUCUAGUCCUAUGGAUAGUCUCAUAA